GGCUUCAUCAGCUGUAGCGGUGACUCACCCAAUUGCCUCUGCAUAUCAAUGACCAGCACGAGCAGGGCCAUUUCCUCACCUCUUGCACUUUGUAAGGAAGAAGAGGAGGCAGCUAUGCUUUUUGUUGCAAAGUAUAUAAAAAAGAGCCCAUCCUGCUGUAGCUGCCUGCCACAAUGGGUGCUGACAGAGGAGCUGCCUUGCAUCAAAAGCAGAGAGCAGGCACACAUGUUGGAGUUGAUUCCAAGAAAUAAAAAAAGCUACAUAAUCAACAGAAAUCACAGAGUCUGAAAGGGACCAGGAGAGAUCUUGGCAGGGCUUCAGCAGAGAGGCAGGAUCAAACACAACUAGAGGAAAUUGGGAUCUGCUGUGGGAAGUUAGGGUUUGCUGUUCUUUGAAGUUACCAGCUGAAUUCUGAAGGCUUUGCAAGAGGACAGAGCCCUUUGCUGGACUGACACAGCACAAAGGAGGGCUGAUUCUUUUUUGUCUGCCAUGAACAUACAUCACCUUGUAAAUCAAAGCUGUGUUAUGAUAUGCCAAGUUCUGACUUUGAUACACUUUCUGAGGAAGAUGGGGCUGACCAGAAGGAUGUUUUUGAUGGAACUGGGAAGAAGAAAAGGUUUCAGAGUAGAAAGUGAGCUAAGUGAUUCUGUCACUCAUAUUGUGGCUGAGAACAACUCUUACCUGGAGGUGCUGGACUGGCUGAAGGGACAGGCUGUGGGUGACAGCUCUAGGUUUGAGCUACUGGACAUCUCCUGGUUCACAGCCUGCAUGGAGGCAGGAAGACCAGUUGAUUCAGAAGUGAAGUAUCGUCUCAUGGAGCAAUCCCAAUCUCCUCCUCUGAAUAUGCCUGCAUUGGAAAUGCCAGCAUUCAUUGCAACAAAAGUAUCUCAGUAUUCGUGCCAGAGAAAGACAACUUUAAAUAACUACAACAAGAAAUUCACGGAUGCCUUUGAGGUAAUGGCAGAAAAUUAUGAGUUCAAAGAAAAUGAAAUAUUCUGCCUGGAAUUUUUAAGGGCAGCUUCUUUGCUGAAAUCUCUUCCAUUUUCAGUAACAAGAAUGAAAGAUAUCCAAGGGUUGCCCUGCGUGGGAGACCAAGUCAGAGAUAUCAUUGAGGAGAUUAUUGAGGAAGGAGAGAGUUCUAGAGUGAACGAAGUGUUAAAUGAUGAACGGUACAAGGCAUUUAAGCAAUUCACUUCAGUCUUUGGAGUGGGAGUGAAGACAUCUGAGAAAUGGUACAGAAUGGGUCUGCGAACUGUGGAAGAGGUAAAAGCUGACAAGACGCUGAAGCUGUCAAAAAUGCAGAAAGCAGGGCUUCUCUACUAUGAGGACCUUGUUAGCUGUGUGUCUAAGGCAGAAGCAGAUGCAGUGAGCUUGAUUGUCAAGAAUACUGUGUGUACAUUUCUACCAGAUGCUUUAGUCACCAUAACUGGUGGUUUCAGGAGGGGUAAGAAUAUUGGACAUGACAUAGACUUUUUGAUCACCAAUCCAGGACCAAGAGAGGAUGAUGAACUUCUGCAUAAAGUUAUUGACUUAUGGAAAAAGCAGGGCUUACUCCUUUAUUGUGAUAUCAUUGAAUCAACAUUUGUAAAGGAACAGCUGCCAAGCAGAAAAGUUGAUGCCAUGGAUCAUUUUCAGAAGUGUUUUGCAAUUUUAAAAUUAUAUCAGCCAAGAGUAGACAGCAGCACUUGCAACACGUCAGAACAAUUGGAAAUGGCAGAAGUCAAAGACUGGAAGGCAAUCCGUGUGGAUCUGGUCAUAACCCCCUUUGAGCAAUAUCCAUAUGCUCUGUUAGGCUGGACAGGCUCCAGGCAAUUUGGACGUGACUUGCGGAGGUACGCUGCACAUGAAAGGAAAAUGAUACUGGAUAACCAUGGAUUAUAUGACAGGAGAAAGUUUGACUUGUAG